CUUCGGCGCACCGCCCGAACGAUAUAUGCCUUGGAAAUUCCAUUCCAGAAAAGCGCGCAAUCGGCUUCUUUGGCUCGGCGUUGGCGUUGGCGAGUGCAACAUGAGUACCUGAUGCUCUGAUCACCUCCACGUCUAGCGCGCUCCUCUUGCUUCUAACAGAGCACCUCCGGAAUCGAGAGAGUGGGGAAACUGAGGAGACAGUCGCUUGGCGUUGCUCGUUGAGGCGCCAUGUCUUGUCGUCGUGAUGACUCCCCGGGAGCUCGGUGAGAGAUGGGAUAGUCAGGCGACGGAUGCGAAAAGAAAUGAGGUGGCCGGCUGCGGUCUAUAAGAAUUGUGCUGCCGACUGGAUUCCCUCCUCGACCGGUGUUGUUUCCCUUCUUGUUCAGGCUUCCCCCGCACUUCAAGCCCCCCGAGGUCACUUCAGCGUCAGAAACGUCUCAGAGCCAGGAGGAGCGCCAUAUCCCGAAUUCACCAUGAAGGCUUCGACAUGCAUCCUCUUCGCCUCACUGGCAGCCCUCGCGGACAUGGCGGCCACCCUGCCCCCGAGCCUUGAACGGCGCGCGGCCAACGACGGCGUGCGGGUCGUCACCGUGACGGUCCCCUCGGCGCCCUCGCAGCCCACCCCCGCGGCGCUGUACAGCUGGCGCGAGGGCUCGGUGGACGAGUACCCCAUCCACGCGUCCUGCAACGGCACGGAGCGCGCCCAGCUCCGGCGCGCGCUGGACGAGACGGUGGAGCUGGCGCAGCACGCGCGCGACCACAUCCUUCGCUUCGGCCGGUCCUCGGGCAUCUACGCGCGGUACUUUGGCAACGCGUCCACGGGCGAGCCCAUUGGCUGGUUCGAGAGGCUGGCCAGGGGCGACAAGGGCGGCAUGUGGUUCCGGUGCGACGACGUCGACGGCAACUGCCACCAGGCUGGCUGGGGCGGACACUGGCGCGGCGCAAACGCCAGCUCCGAGACGGUCAUCUGCCCGCUGUCGUACGAGACGCGCAAGCCCCUCGAUGCGCUGUGCAGCUUCGGCUACACGGUGGCGGCGGGCAAGCUCAACCUGUACUGGGCCGCGGACUUGAUGCACCGCAUCUUCCACCUCGAGCCCGUGGGCGAGGGCGCCGUCGAGCACUACGCCGACUCGCACGCCGAGUGCCUGGCCCUGGCAAAGUCGGACCCGUCCAAGGCGGUCCGCAAUACCCACAGCCUGCAGUACUUCGCCCUGGACGCCUACGCCUACGACGUCGUCAUGCCCGGUGAGGGCUGCCCUGGUCGGCCCUCGAGCGCUUCGUCCUCGGCCCCGGCCCCGGCGCAGCCCCCGGCUACGACUACUGCCGCCGUCAGCCCGACCAAGACGAGCACUGCUGGAGCGGAAUGUCACACCCACAGCGAUGGCGUGGUUCAUUGCGUGUAGGCAGGAUGCCAGCUUAUCAUGAUGCAAAUGUGGGAAACGAACAAAGGUCGGAGGGUAAAAAUGCAGUUAUUGGGGCCUGGUAACUACGAUAAUGACACUCGGAUGGCUUAACUUAACACGUUGGAAUAGAAUAAUAAUACACCCUGGAUUCGAUCGCUGAGCA